AUGCUUUCCGCCCUGACUCCACGCAGCCCCAGCGUGGCGCCGACAGACUUGGACGAGGACAGCGAUUGCCUCGAAGAUGUCGAGGACAGUGCCGUGAUCGAUAUCUUAUCCGACCCCGAAACGCCAGUCGCCAAAGGGGGCCCUCGGCGCGCCUUGGAUGCCCCCACACCGCCUCCGGUUCCAGCUAGGCUGCCGGCCCCCACACGAGCAAGCCUGGACGUGGCCCCCCGCAGCCGUCAGGCCAGCUUGCUGCUUUGGGCGCAAGCGCCCGACGGCACAUCCAAGAGGCCGAAGAGGAUCACGCCGCAGGAGGCCGUGGCGCGACGCCGCGAGCGCCGGGAGCGGACUGCAGAUCUGAGAUCCGGAGACCGCCAGCUACCGCCGCCGGUCGUCGGCUACGACCCAAGCAUCGAGCGCCUCUGUGUGAAGACGGAGGUGGAAGGUUUGGAGGUCCACCUCCCCGUGCAACCCCUGGAUGCCCAGCAGCUUGUGAUGGCGGCCGCUGUUCGCGCCAUGGCGGAGCGGCGCGUGGCGUUUGUGGAAAGCCCCACAGGCACCGGCAAGACAUUGGCCUUGCUGUCGGCAAGCUUGGCGUACCAGCGAAGCUGUCACCAGAAGUGGGCAGAGGCUGGCCACACGCUGCCUCCGGCCCCUGCCAGCAAGGUCCCACCUUCCAAGGCCGACCCCGAGGCGCCACUGUGGACCGGCAACCCCACAAGCAUGCCUGUGGCCGAACAGCACGUACCCAGAGUGGUCUGGAUAGCGCGGACUCACGACCAGCUACAGCAUGCUGUGGCAGAGCUGAGGAGACUGCCCUACCGCCCGCUCGAAGCACUGCGAAUAUCGCGAGAACGAUUUUGCUUGCAUCCAUUUGUGCAGAGUGCGCAAGACAAGUCGGCUGCCUGCGAGAUGGCAACCAUGACUAGAAACGGCAGCGCGCUGGGCGGAGGCAUCUCUGGCUGUGAGCACCUAGACAAUGCCGAAGCCAUCGGCUACCCCACCAUCGCGGAACACCGGUCGAAGUUCGAGUCAGGGGGGAAGCUGGCUGUGUACGACAUCGAGGACUUAGUCAAGGAUGGCCACGACACCCACACCUGCCCGUACCACGCUGCCCUGGACUUGACAGCAGAAGGGGCUGGUCUGGUUUUGGCGACGUAUCCGAUGCUUCUGGACCCCUGUGUGCGGGAGACCAGCAGUUUCAGCACCGUCCUGCAGGAUGCCAUCGUCGUCAUCGACGAGGCCCACAACAUCCCUCAAGCUGCUCGCGAUGCGGCCACGUUUCGUGGCACUUUGUCCGACCUCCACUUUCUCAGCUCAAAGCUUCACGGCCUGGCACAAGCAACCGCAGAGCGAGAGGCCGUCGACCUCGCCGAGCGCGUCUGCGGGGCGGUCACUCGGCUUCACGACUGGCUGAAAGUGGCAUCGGACACGCCGGCGAAGCAGGCACUGGUUCGCCUCACGGAGCUGCCCUCGGGAGAACUGCGUGAUGGAGGUGGCAAAGGCUGUCUCGCCUUGGUCACGCAAGUCGCAGGACUGGAGAGCUCCGCGGAAGUGGAGCGACUGGUGCGAAUGCUCCGGUCCCUUCGGCGACGCUUCAUCGAGCACGGCCUGGAAGGUUGGGCGGUUCGCUCCUCUGCAGUGAACGAGAUGGAUCUGUUCCUGCGCAAGAUGGCAUUGAUUCUGGAGGAAGGUGGAAGAGGUGGCUAUGCCCUCACCGUCAAGAAGGCGACCACUGGGAGCCCCUCUCUGUCGAUGGUCAGCCUUAGUGGAGCUGUGGCUUUUCAAGCAGCAGCCCAUGCCUGCCAUUCGGUCAUCCUGGCCAGUGGGACCCUGGCUCCCUUUGCCCUCCUGGAGCGCGAGCUGGGUCUCCAACCAGGCCGCGGCAGCGCUCUCUUCGCCAGAUCACCGGUCACUACGGAGGUCGGACAGUCGGAAGGCAUUGGCAGCCGCCUCCGGAUACUGGCCUUGGGCUCUGUGGAUGGGCAGAGGCUUUGCUCUACGCGCAGCUUCCGCGCGCAGCAGCUGGACAAGUACCUGGACGGCAUCGGGACAGUGCUGCACGCACUCCUCCCGGCCGUGCCGAAUGGAAAGCUUUUCUUCUUCCCUUCGCAUGAGCAGCUGCAGGAUGCCGUGCGCCACUGGCGCCGCCGCGGCCUGCUGGAUCGCCGCAAGGGUGGCGCCGAGUUUCUUUGCGGCAUCCCCGCGAUGGUGGAGACCUCUGGACUCAGCAGCGAAGCAUCUGCCGAACUGGUGGUGCAGUACCGGAUGGCAGCCCGGCAGCCCCCUGGAGCAGCCCUGCUGGCCGUGAUGCGCGGCCGCUGCGCCGAGGGCGCUGACUUCAAGGACGAAGCUGCGAGAGCAGUUGUAGUCGUGGGGGUGCCCUUCCCCAGCUUGGAGACCGAAGUGCAGCUGAAAAUGGAGCACGAGAGGGAAAACAAAGACGCCUGGUACCAAGCCGAGGCGUACCGAUCAGUGUCGCAAGCUGCUGGCCGUCUGCUGCGGCAUCAGGCCGACUAUGGCUGCCUACUGCUUUUGGACGGCCGCUUCGCGGGGGAGAGCGCGAGAUUCGGAGCCAGCGCCCGCGCGGGCGCGGCGCGCGGGGCGAGGUCACGAGUCGGUCCCUCGAGGAGGUGUCGGAGGAUCUGA